GCGGAUGACUUGGCAAUGGUGACUCGGAAACACGCCGACAUUUUUCCAGACGACCUACCGGCGGGUUUGCCACAUGAGCGAGAGCAUGACCACAAAAUCAAGCUAGAUCCCGGCGCGCAGCCUACUGUUCAGACUCAAUGGCGGCUGACUCGGCCCGAGCUGGAUGAACUUCGAAGCCAGUUGGACUGCCUGCUCGAGAAGGGUUUCGUUUGCCCCAGCACCUCAUCAUUUGCAACUCCGAUACUGUUCACCCCGAAGAAAGAUGGCGGACAACAAAUGUGUAUUGACUACCGCGCCUUGAAUCGGGUUACCAUCAAGUCUCGCUAUCCUAUUCUACGUGCCGACGAACUCAUCAACCAACUUCACGGGGCCAAGCUGUUCUCGAAAAUUGACCAGCAAGAUGAUUACCACCAGAUUCGCGUGAACGAAGGUAACUGCUACAAGACACCGUUUUGGAGCCGGUACGGAAGUUACGAGUACACGUUAACCAUGAAUGAGGCUUUUUGGCCACUGCUGGAUAAGUGCAUCAUCGUGUACCUCGACGACGUCCUAGUCUACAGCACUACCCGGGAGCAGCAUUUGAAGGAUUUGAAAGCAGUUUUCUCUCUCUUGCAGCGGCACCGCCUCAUCACCAAGGGCUCAAAGUGUGAGUUUCCACAACACGAACUGGAGUUUUUGGGCCACGUGAUUUCCAUCGAUGGAGUUAAAAUCGACCCCAAGAAAAUUGCGAUGAUACAAGACUGGAAGCCGCCGGCUAACCUCCGUGAACUUCAGAGUUUUCAGGGGUUUGUGAAUCACGUCCGCCGUUUCAUUCCAAACAUGGUGGGAGUAACUUCCCCUCUCACGGAUCUCCUGAAGAAGGGCACAUUUUAUGAGCGGGGGGAAGAGCACCAGGCUGCGUUCGAAAAGCUGAAACUUUUCCAGACAACACCUUCGGUUCUUCGGAUUGCUGAUCCUCACCGUCUGUUUGACCUCAUCACCGAUGCUAGCGAUCUGGCCGUUGGCACAGUGCUGUUACAAGACUUCGACAAAGGCCUCCAACCCAUCGCCUACGAGUCAGGAAAGCUGAACUCGGCCGAGCGAAAUUAUCAUGUCCACGACAAGGAGUUACUCGCCAUCGUUCAUGCUUUCAAAGUCUGGCGCUGCUACCUGGCGGGCGUUGACAUGACAGUCCGAACAGACCAUAAGUCGCUACAGUUCAUCCGUGCCCAUCCGACACUGAAUCCUCGACAAAUUCACUAGCUAAACUACCUCGAGUCCAAC